GAGCGUCAUUACCGAUCCACUACCAAUAUUAACACGAUAACCGGAAAAUGCCAAAGAACCGGGUUUUAGAUUCUGUGUCGGUUCUUGAUACGAUUUAGCAGAGUCCUCGUAAUUCUUCAUCAUCCCUGCGAGUCAAUUAAUUUCCACAAGCAAUCUUUGGAUUUGAUCUGAGUUUAAAGAUCUUAAAUUUCUUCCAAAUUUGAAAACUUGAAGGAACAUAUGGCAAAACCCAGAAAUCUUUUUAGGGUUUGUUCUCUUCUAAUGGCGUUUUUGUUUGCUUACUCUGCAUCUGUCCAGCUUAAUGAUCCUGAUUGGUACUUUUGGUUUCCUCUCUACACACUCUCUUGUGUAAUUAAUCUGAUAAACUGCAGAAGAAGAAUAUCUAAAUCAAGAAGAAUCAAACAAAUGAUUGGAACAGCUCUUAGUUUAGGUCUGUUCUUGUUGGUUAAAGUGGUUGUAGAAGAUGUAAUAACAGAGAAAGUUGGAGUCUUGUCUUUAGAUCUUACUCAUAGAGUGGUUAGAGAGAAGAUUGGAAGUGGUUUAGUUAUAGCUUCAAUGGUUCUGCAACUACAAUCUUCUUCAGAAACCAUUGACUUUGGGAUGGUUGCAAUUGUAGUCUUUGGUUAUGGACUUCCCUUUUGGUUUUUCACAAUUGAGAAAGGAGAAAUCAAGAUUUGAUUAUCUGAAAAUUGGGAAAAAGAAAAGUCACAAGCUUGAAGGAAAAUGAAUAGUUCCAAAGCUGUCUAAAGAUUCAAGGGAAAAAAGGUAAAAAGUCUGAAGGAAAAUUAUUAAAACAAAUCUGCAAAGAAUGUUCCUAGGAACUAAAAUCUAACUUAAGAGACCUCUGCAAUUAGUUGCUUUACAAUGGCAUGGAUGCUCAUUUUCUUGUCCAGAUGGUACCGGUCUGCAUCCAUAGUCUCGGGUGAUCUCUUCUCCUGCAGCGAUCUAUUUUACAUACAUGACACAAAGAUUAUUGAUUACGGUCCAAUAUUUUGAUACUUCUUUCAAGCAAAAGAGAGAAGAAGAGCCUUACAUCCAUACUGGCGUAUAGACCGAUAUGAGCGAGCGGGGACUCCAUGCUUUCCACUAUAACUUGGUGAUUAACGAGAUUUGGUGAGCAGCUAGAGAUGAAAGUAGAUUGAAAUCAUCAGUCUUGUCGUAAAGGUUUUUUGAUACAUUUGUAAUAUAAACUCACCUGUGAUUGAUGAAUCGAGAGAUGUUGCCAUGAGUAGUAGCAUCGAUAGCAUAAUCGGGUUCUUCUUCCAUCAA